GGCAACACCUCUCAGAGCUUGGGUGCACGGACGGACGGACAGACGUUUCUCCCGCAACGCUCCUUGGCACCGUGCAGCGAGCUAGCCAGUGGAGUGUCACAAAAGCGGUGCUCCGCUUUCUGCGUGAUACGGGCCUCCUCGGCUCCCUCACGAUGUCGACGUGGCAGUUGCAGCUCACUCUUCUGCUGGCAUCUGGCGUCUGGGGUGCUUCCACAAGGAUCCGCCUGGAGGACCAGGGAUACGUGGACAUAGUCGUUAACAUCGAUCAUCAAGUGCGCGAGGAUCCACACCUUGUUCAGAACCUCAAGGAUUUGCUGAACAGUACGUCAGCGUUCCUUCACCGAGCUACAAGACAGCUGGUAUACUUCAAAAGCGUCACCAUCGUCUUACCUCACACGUGGUCCAAUGCCAUUCCGUCCGAGCCCAUCUCUGGAGCCAUGCUCUCCAGUGCAGAUAUCCGGAUUGUCAACAGCCAAGAACGCGCGCCGUACACGGUGCAAGCCAUGGGAUGUGGAGAACGCGGCGAAUACGUCGUCCUGCCGUCGCAGUUUGUCGGCAAUCUCACCACCGCUACCAAGAAAGAAUUCAGGAAGCCUGAGCAAGUCAUGACGCACGAAUGGGCCCACUUCAGGUAUGGAGUCUUCGACGAAUAUGGCUCGCCGGGAGGCACUCAAUACCCUUCGAUGUACUUUCGGGACGGACAGAAAAAGCCCAAUGUCUGCAGCGACAAGAUUGUCGUUAGUCCCCAGACGGGUAAGGGUGAACCCUGCGACUUAGUGGAAGGAUCUUCUCAAGAAGACUGCAUUGAUUUCUCGGUCGUUGACGAAUUCACCCAAGCAUCGUCUUCCAUCAUGUUUAUGCCGGUGGUUUCAUCGGUCUACACUUUCUGCGACGAUGACGAGCACAAGCACAACGCCGAGGCACCGAACCCACAGAACGCCUUGUGUGACUCUCGUAGCACCUGGGACGUCAUUUCACACAAUUCAGAUUUCAACGGAAUCGAAAACCCUGUAGCACUCCAAGCAACGACAUUCAGAGUACUCAAGGCACAUAUGAAGCAGAGAGUAGUACUUGUACUGGACAUAUCGACUAGCAUGGGCCUUAAUGGCCGGCUGGAGAUGAUGCACCGUGCCGUGGCGCGUUACAUCCAGGAUUCAAUUCCCGACGGAAUGGAGCUGGGCAUUGUUAUGUUCAAUAGCGAUGCCAAAAUUUAUGCGGAACUUACUGAGAUCGAUCAGUACACGAGAGCAGACCUUAGACGAAAGGUAUAUCAGCAAUAUGGUGGCAAUACAGCCAUUGGAAAGGGUCUUCUGGCGGGUGUUAAGGUUCUCGAGCAGAACGCUACAAGUAUCGAGAACUCAGUCAUCAUCUUGAUGUCAGAUGGCGAGGAGAACGUCGACCCUCUCAUCAGUGUCAUCAUGCCAGAGUUGCUGCAGAAAGGUGUGAUAGUGCACACUCUGGCUUUGGGAACUGAGGCGGAGAAAGGGCUAGAAGACCUGGCUUUUGCUACUGGAGGCAAGUCCUACGCGGUAACCCACGAAAAUACGCGUGUCUUGGAAAACCUGGAGAAUGCCUUCUUCUCUGCCUCCACCGUUCAACGGCCGAUAGAACAGAAGCCUGUCACUUUGGUAAACAAGGUGAUUCCUCUGGAGGGCAACACGACGUCUCUCUUCGUCACCGUCGACAGAGAACUUGGAAAGAACUUAGAGUUUCUUGCAUCUGGAGGAGACGGAGCCACAACUGCGGUGGUAGCCAAAAGCCCAUCAGGGCGUACUUACGUUGGAGAGUACGACGAGGGUCUUGGACGUCAUAAAGUGUCCAUAGGUGACAUCGUGGAGCCUGGAAAGUGGCAAGUGGAUAUCAAGCGCCACAACCCAUCGAGCAAAGAAUCUGUCUCUGUCACUGUAGUAUCUGAAGUCAAGGACCCUGAAGACCCUCCUGUACGCAUGCGAACCUUCUACAGCUCCAAAGACAUUACCUACGCACGAGCCUCGACUCAGUUCAAGAUCUUCGUAGAGUUAAAGAAAGGAGAGCAAGUCGUGAAAGGAGCGUACGUUGUAGCAAAUGUCACGACUCCAUUUGGCAACCAGGUUCCCGUGUGGCUUAAGGACAAUGGAGCAGGCGCUGACAUUGUUGAAGGAGAUGGGAUCUACUCUGGUUUCUUCGCCAGCUUCAGCAGCCCUGGGCGGUACUCGGUUGAAGUUCAAGCAUACGGCGACGAAAACACUAAUUUGAUAACACCGAAACGUUCGUCCGGUUCUAGCUCUGGAGGACAGAAGGUUCGCAGAAGUGCUGAACCAUUCGCUUUUGAAAGGUACGACAACGGCGGUGUCUUUGUUGUCAAGCAAGUAGAAGCAGCUCUGGUCUACCCUCCGUCCACGAUUCGGGACCUCCGUGUCGAACAAGCUUUUUACUUGGACAGCGGUACCAGGGCAGUCAGUCUGACAUGGACGUCUCCUGGGGGUCACCUGGACGAUGGAAUCUGCCACAACCUCACUAUCACCGCAAGCCGUGACCGAACAGUUCUGCAGACGGAAGACAUGACGGGCGACAUCUACAUGGUCACGGAACGUGACGUCGUUAAUGGCAUUCUCCGCCCUAAGCAGUCUGGAGAACCCCAUGAAGUGACCUUCCGCAUACCGGACACAGGGUUGCCUCCGAACAGGAGCGCUCACGAUGUGUACUUCAUCGUGAGCACCUGGAACUCCGAAGGGAUCAAGUCCAACCGGUCCAACAUCGCGACCGCGAACUUCUUUGAAAUGGUCGUCGUGGAAAAGGAGUUGACCAUUUGGGAGAAAAUCUUGCAAUCCAAGGUUACCAUGUACGGCGUCUCGGCUCUCUUAGUAGGGGUCUUGUUCGCCGUGGUUGUGCUUCUCGUCAUCAACAUCUUCGGGAAGAAAUCAUCGUCUUCCAAAGGCAUGGAACGAGUCGCCGUAUUUCGAGCUGCUCCGGUGAAGUAUGAAGUGGAAAAGGCUUGCAGAAAGAACCUACUGAACGCAGCCUGAUGAUGCUUUACUUGUUUUAUCUAAUGACGUCCAUUUUGUGCGAUGAAAAUCUAGUACCUAACCUAGUCACGUGAUGAAAGGACUGUUACCACGGCAGCGGGACAGAAGAGCUUGUUUCAGUUGGAAGCCCGGUGAAGACAAUCCCAGCGGGCGAGGUGGCAGUAAAAGGAAGCUAGACAGUUAUCGAUAGUAACUUAAAUAUUUGUGAUAAUUUCAUGGCAGUUGUACUCUAAGGCACCAUAAGAAGCUUGACAACGUGUGUGAUUUACACGGACUGCAACGACCAUCUCAUCCAUCGUCACUCCGUCCUAUGAACAACAGGCUAGCAUGCGUGUGUAUAAUUAACAUAUUUUUGUUACAGCACUAGCAUGUAACUGGACUAUAGAGACAAAAUAUUUCUCCGAUGAGCGAAGAAUGCCAGAAGCAGUUAAGUUUGUAUUUUGUUUUUGCUAUGAUUCAGCUCCGCGUGCCACGCCUGCAGGUCACACAUUCUGUGUGUUUGUUUUGAUAAGGAGCGAAAUGGAUGUAGAGUAACAUUAUCUCUAUGCCCUAACUGUCGCAAUGACCUUUUUGAUGUAUACCAGAGAAAUAAUGCUCCCACAUAGGAUGUGAAUGCGUAACUUCUUUUGCUGCGCGAAUAAUUUCAGCGAGUUUUGUGUUGUCACCUUCAAAGAGGUGCCUUUGGGGGGCUUCCUCCGUUCAACCGCUCUUUGCAUUCUAAAUGUGUUUGUGACGGUUGCCUUGAUGCCUUGCAAUCAUGAGAUAAUGAACUGUCGUGGUCACUGUUGACCAAUCCAGCUUCCGUGGCCUCGAUAAGCGCUGGACUAUCUGGGAACAGCGAAAACAACAGACCGGAAGAUUCUUAUUUCGGGGACGGCCGGGUGCUGGCAUAGCGUCACUUGUUGUGAACACGUGGAAAAAAAAAAAAAAAAAAAGAAACAGCGGCUGAAGCGCAAUGAAAGAAGACUGCUUAUCUGAGACUUGCGCGAAUGAUUUCCUGGGGCUUCUUUCAUUGUGAUUUGGCCGUCAUUGUUAUAGGUGGUGUUAAUAAACGAUACCAUAGCUGCAAGCGACCACCCCCAAACUGAUAGUCGACCGUUCCAUGGCUAUUUUCACUGUUUUCCGGUAGUCGGGCGAUUAGCGGAGCGAGGCCACGGAGACGGGAAAUUGGUUAACAGUGACCGCGACAGUACAUGGCUCUAGUAUGAACUUGAUGCCGUAGUAUCGGAGACCAUUUGAUAUAUUUGUUGUCCUUGUACAUAAACCUUCGGUUGUGUAAGGCUGCGCUGGCCGCAGUAGUGAGUGAGUGAGUGGGUACGUUUUUGUUUUCAGUAUGACCACCGUGUCAAUACAGUGCAAUCCCGGUGACUGGCUUA